UGGAGACCGAAAGUUGGGACUCGUUGCAUAUCUAGAUCCAACACCCGAAUUUCGAAGAUGGGAAGGCUGGAAGGGGUCGACCCAGAGUUCGGCAUUUUGAGCUCAUCCUAUGGCAUGGCUCAAAAGUGGUUUAACCAUUCCCCACCCCCCAGGGUCAUCCAUUCUAUACCCCAAAUCCGACCAGCAUCCAUGAGCCGGAGCCUUUGUUUCCCAUCGCCAUAAACAUUCACACAAUAUACAAUGGUCACCAUAACUAACCUGAUAACUGACAUGGAGUCCAUUGUCAGACACAUCAACUCAAUCCCCGCAAAAUUCGAACAUUCGGCACUUCGUCCCUCCAGCCAGGAAGUCUCCCAACUACGCGAGCUGGCGACCAAGACACUCCAGCAUGCGCAGACGCUUCACAGAAAGCUCACUGAUUGCGCCACAGAAUGGGCGCCAGAGGUCUAUGAAAAGGCAGAUAAACACAUGUCGCAAGCAAGACCAGCAAUCCAGGCUAUGAUACAGGGCCAGAUUAAGGGGCCAAUCCUAAGGAGAAACCUGGUGGCUAUUUUCCAGGGGCGGCAACCGUCGACUGUUGAUUCUCCACAGGUUAAGGCAAGGAAGGCGAAAAGGACACAGAAGUGCGAAACGCUUCGGAGCUUAGGACCUGCCACUGUCCUGGCAUGGGGGGGUCUCCUUCCCACCUAGCACAUGGGAAGAAAUGGACCAGCUUGUUUUCAAGGAUCUUGUCAAGCAAAUGACAGCAGAGGCAGUCACCGACCUGCCUCUGAAUGUCCGGGAAACAA